UCACCUUGAACAGACAAGGAUUUUGUUAUUUUUGUUGUUUGUUUGUUUAUUUACUUUUUUUUCCUUCGUUCAUUUCAUAAUCAUUUUUGGUCAUAAUUUUUCGCUCAUUAGCUUUCUGUGAUUAUAAUUUCUACAUUUGUAAUUCGACAUUCAAAACGAUCAAUACACAAAUCGAUAAACACACCAUGUUACAUCUUAAAUAUUUUUCAACAAUUUUUAUCCGUUCAAAACGAAUGAAUGGAAAUUUUUCCAUCAUUAAAAACCUUUAUGAUAAUAAUAACCAUUUUCAAUCAAUCAGAUUGAUGACAGCGAUAAAAAAUGCUGAUAAACCAUCACCAUCGCCGUUAUCAUCACCAACACCAUCAUCAUCAUCAUUCAAAAUUGAACAUGAUGUUAAACAACAAAAAUUUCGAAUAAACUUUGACCCAGAUAAUGAAGCAUUUAUCAAAUAUGAACGUUUGGGUAAUAAUGAAGUACUUUUACAUCAUACUGAAGUUCCAAAACAAUUUCGUAGUACUGGUAUAGCAAAAGAAUUGGCUACGGAAGUAUUUAAAUAUUUCGAUGAUACACAACAGAAAAUGAUUAUCACUUGUACAUAUUUACAGAAAAUGGAUAAAAAACGUAAAGAAAUUAAUUAACAAAAAUGGAUUGGAUGAAUUGGAUCAUCAAAAGCCAAAAACAAGUGCGCUUCCAUUAAAUGAUUGGCUUCAUUUUUCAUUUGUUGUUGUCCAACUUUAAUGAACUUGAUUAUUAUUUG